AUGGUGAUUUUGCACACGUUUUCUUUCUCCUCCUCUCCUUUUCUCUUUCUCCUUCUCAUUUUCUCUUCUUCUCUUUUCCAUUCACUCUUUUCCUUCUCUCUUUCCCCCUCUUCUCUUUCUCCUUUCAUUUUCCUCCUCUCUUUCGCCACCUCUCGUUUUGUUUCUCUUUUUCUCCUGCUCUCUUUUCCCUUCUCUCUUUUUCCUCCCCUCUUUCUCCUUCUCGUUGUCUCCUUCUCUCGUUCUCGUUCUCUCUUUCUCCUUCUCCCGUCUUCCUUCUCUCUUUCUCCUUCUCUCUUUUCCUUAUCUCUUUUUCCUCCUCUCGUUUUCCUUCUCUCCUUCUCCUCUUCUCUUUCUCCUUCUCUCGCUUUCAUUCUCUCUUUCUCCUUCUCUCUUUUUCCUUUUCUCUGUCUUUCUCUCUACUUUUCCCUCUGUCUCCUCUCUUUCUCCUUCUCUUCUCUCUUUUCAUUCUCUCUUUCUCCUCCUCUCGCUUUCCUUCUCUCUGUCUCCUUCUCUCUUUCUACUCCUCUCUCUCUUCUCUUUUCCUUCACUCUAUCUCCUCCUUUCUUUUUCCUCCUCUCUUUCCUUCUCUCUUUUCCUUCUCUCUUUCUCCUCCUCUGUCUCCUUUUCUCUCUUCUCUCUUUUCCUUCUCUCUGUCUCCUCAUUUCUUUUUCCUCCUCUCUUUCUCCUUUUCUCUUUUUUCUUUUCUCUGUCUUUCUCUCUCUCUCCUUCUCUCUUUUCCUUCUCUCUUUCUCCUCCUCUCUGUCUCCUUCUCUCUCUUCUCUCUUUUUCCUUAUCUCUGUCUCCUCCUUUCUUUUUCCUUCUCUCUUUCUCUCACAUACCACGUCAUUCUUUCUUUCUUUCUUUCUUUCUUCUAUAAUCAUUCUUUCUUUCUUUCUUUCUUUCUUUCUUUCUUUCUUCUAUAAGUUCAUCCCUUUUUCUUUUCUGAGUUCUUUCUUUUUUCUAAGUCAUUCUUUCUUUCUUUCUUUCUUUCUUUCUACUAUAAGUUCUUCCCUUUUUCUUUUCUAA